CUGACCAGUUAGGCGUGAUUGACAACGCACACAAGGCUUUGGCGGAUACCGAGAAAGACGGCGUGCAAUCCAAGAUCUGUCUUUUUCUUGCAGACCUGCACUCUUUAGCAGUUGACGCACCCAAAACGGGAAAAUGGCCUGAUACUACGGGUAUUAGGAAUAUAAAAAAGCUUCCUGAUUUCAUGAUGAAGAGCGAUAAACCAAUUUAUCCCUCUGAAAAGGUUCUAGGAAAACUCUAUCGACGCUGUCGGAAGUUCAAAGAUACUACAUCUGAAAAAUACGAUCAAAAAGUCCGUUUGGACAAGUCCUUCCUGUUGCCUGGUAACAAUAGUUUCGUUGAAAACGCCAAAGAAGUUUAUUCUUGGUAUCGCGACAAGAUGGAGAGUUUGAUGCGGGUGUACGGCAUCGAAACCGAGGCAGAAAUGAUCACUGGCUGUUUCAUGAAGCUUCGAAAUCGCUUGCGCAAAGAGAAAACUGAAAUCGCCGAACUCCUCGGCGAAGAGCUGUUCGCGAUACGCCCGUACCUUCGUCGUGAAUUCUUUCGUGAAUUUGACAGCGAUGGACAGUGGUUAAAAGGCGAUGUGCUGAUUUCGGAUGAGAUGCGUUUGAAGGCCUCGGCUUGGUACACAGUGGCUUACACGCAUGCGCAUGAGCACGCUGAUGAUUCAGACCCAAGCCCCCAGAAAAGGCUACUCGGUUUUCCUUGGUUUAUCAAUGACGUCAUGCUUGCCAUCAAAACGCAAAAAGAUCGACCUUGUCAGCCCCAGGCCUUAGACGUUUGCGCAACCGUGGGUCAGAGCCUUGUUAGGUUGUUUCACGAAGAGAAGGCCUGGUUACUUAAGGAUUUGAAAGCUCGAAUAAGAACAAAGAACGUUAUAUGUCGCCAUCUGCAGGCCGCUGAUUCCCCUUUCUCGUUGACCAUCAUUGGUUCUACUGCUACACUGCUAUUUCACAAGACUUCGGAUCUGGAUUUGUGCUUUUUACCUCAGGAUACCCAGGCACGAAACAUACUUGCUCUCCCUGUGAUAUCACGACAAGGAAAUAACACUUCGAUUGAGGAAAAAGCGAAAGUAGUGAAGUCCCUGAUUCCUCUCAUGAAGGAGGAGACGUCAAAGCAACAAAAGCAACAAGACAAAAACGUCAAAAAUCUCUUCUGGAAAGUUGGUCUAGUGAACAAAAAGCAUUUCCCUGUCGUCUCAUGCAAGCGGCCAACAGUGAAACUGGUAGAUGGCAGUAAUUGUUCACCAACCCUUACUUGUGAUUUGAGUUCAUCCCCAGACAGUCUGACAAUGGCCGCUUUGCUGUCAAGCUAUGUCAAGUCCUAUCCUCCUCUUUUAUUGGUGCUCCGUGCUAUACAUCGAUGGUGUUGCGUGACAGGGCUGUCGCGCAACGCGGCUGGUGCUGGAAACACUUCAAACAUACUUGCUGCCCUUCUCUUAGCCCAGUGCCUGCACAACAGGCAGAUUGAAAAUUUUAACGAGGAGCACGUUUUGAAAACGGUGGCACACCAAAUGCGAGGUGGCGCAAGAGAUGGUAAGCAGUACAUGGCGUUGGAAAGUGUCAUAGAAUCUCUUGGAGCUCACCAGAACGGCGCCCAUUUUCCUCAGGUGGAGCCAGAUAUAACCCAAAUUGGCCAACUGCUAGUGACUUUUUUUCAAGCACACGACUCGUGUUUUGAAAGAGAGCUCCCACAAUCUCUCACACGUCUUUUCGGUGCACCAAAGCUCUCAGAGCUUCUGGGGAAAGAUCAUCUAGUCCUCGUGAAAGAACAAAUGCAACGUGCCUAUCAGCUUCUGGCGUUAUUUGGAGACGCAGAGAUCAUGUUGACCAUCAGUGGCUCCGAAGAAUACAACGUAAUUUUUCUUUCGCCGCUUCUUUCCUCGUACAUAGCGGGCGUUGAGAAAAGUAAAGCUCGAGAAAUAGCGCGAAAGACUGGAGCGAGGAGCGUCAUCAUUCGCCCAAAUUUUCCAAGGUCACGUUCCUCUACUGUUCUUGAGGUGAAGGGAAGUGAGCCCGCGAUAAGAGCAGUGGAGAGGGAGCUGGAAGAGAUGAGCACACUAGCAUCACGUGACAGGGUAUCGCUCAUGAGUGGCUGUUUUGUAGAAAACGCAAGUCUGCUUGUGUUUGAAGGAAGUCGAAGUCCAAAUGAUCACGUGUCUCUGACACCAUACGAUGGGCGUUGUCAUCAGACACACGACCGAGCGGCCCGGCAUGUCGCUUUGCUAGAACACGACACACACAGCAGAAAUUACGCGUACCUUUGUUUUAGAGAAAAAUUCUUUCAACAACUGCAAAUACUUGAGCGGGAUUUCGAUCCUGAGGUGCAUGGAUGUCGCGAAUUCGCUGUACACUUUGGACGAAUCUAUAUGUUCAAUGUUCCACACACUCUGCUUGAAGAUAGCGAGUCCAUCACUAUUGCGAUGUUGAGAACAAAUAAGCGGAAACCAAGUAUUUUAAAAAAGAAUAGAAGCCCUCCAGAAACAGUCACUUAUGUCAACCAAGAACAAGAACGCGCUCGGCGAAAAAAGAGACGGGCAAAACGUAGUAAGAUAUUCAGCGAAACAAAAAAGAAGCGGAAACGCGGAAAUCCAUCGAGAAGCUCCUUGUUCACAUUUGUUCACUCGCCGGAUAGAGUGGUGACUUUCCUUCAUCGGUUCGUUUUCCAGCAAGAUGGAAAUCCCACUGAAAACUACUCAGUGGACAUUUUGAAUGGAGAGUUAGAAUUUUACGUCAGGUUCGAUGAGAAAUUCAACUUUGUCGAAGUGAAGUUUCCAAAUCUACGCUGGUUUAUGGUGGAUGUCAAGAGGCCAUACCAGCACCGACCAGAUCGUGGCGUCGCACAAGAUGGCGGACACGCAGAUGACAACUUUGUUUUAGACGGCUGGGAAACAGACGUUCGUUUCUUGUUGCAAUCGCGUUAUGCUUUGGCGCAGAAGGACAUCCGGGAUACCAAAUACGCCAAGUAUCAGCGUAUACUGAAACCCAGUUCAUUUCAGAAGCCAUUUACAGUUCAAGAAGAGUUAUGGAAGGAUGUACGACUUAUUCGUCACUACAAGUCCAACAAGUUCACAUGCACUUCACGUGGUCAAGGUGGAUUCUUGAAUGGUCUGACAGCAUACCUCAACGAGGUGACGGAAUAUUCCAGACCAUUAGGGCCAGAGAAAGUCGGUGAAUUCAGAGAAAUACACACUCGUUGGGAAGUGUCUUUAGAGGCAAAGCUUCCAGAAGAUUUAACAGAAAAGGAAACUGUGAAAGCAUUCCUCGAGGAAGUCUGGAAUUACGCGCUUGAUUUGUCCUCAUUCGUAUCGAAGUAAAAUGACGGAUGAUCUAGGUUAGUGCCAGCCAAUUAAGAAGCCUCCUCUAAUUGGACAAUUCUUCACGAGAAAGGUUAGAAUCGCUGAAACGGUUUUGCGUCACAGAAUGUCAAAAUCACUCGAUGCAAGCUCUAGUAGCUUAGAUAAAGGGUGUACAACAAAUUAUUUCUGUACAAUUUCAAGUCAUUUUUUACAUUUCUUGACGUUCAAUUUUAAUGCGCCCUAAGUACGAUUUUAUAAGGGGAUAAUUGUAUAAAAUGUAGGAGGUAUGAAAGUGAACUCACACCUUGAUCAAGAAAUUAAUCUUUUGUCAGGUCAGCGAAUCAGACAUUUUGAUUAAUGUCACGCUCGUUUUUCUUCAGAGGACAAUUUUGUGCUUUUUGUGUUGAGAAUGAAUUCCUUACAAGGAAAAUUCUUUCAGCAUCGUGUUAAAAAAAAACCAUUUAAAGAAGGCGACAGUUUCCUUAGAAUCUUCCAGUUCAGUAGUUAAGGUAAAGUAUGAAUUUAAAUAAAUUUUGCCUAAAAGCCCUCUGAGUUUUGUUAGAAUUUUAGCCCAAUCAGAAAUAAGCACAAAGCUGCUGAAAGCCGCCAACCUAUGCGCAUG